GGGCGUGGUCUGCGCGGAGGCGGUGCGGCGCAUGCGUUAGGGGGCGUGGCUGGCGGCGCGCGGCCAGCAUGGCGGAGAGCGGCCCGGCCGAAGAGCUGCAGCCGCUGCGGCUGCGGCGCCUGCGGGGAGACGGGUUCUUCGAGGUGCCGGCAGCCGACAGGCUGGGACGAUGCCGGAGCGUUAAGGAGUUCGAGAAGCUGAACCGGAUCGGAGAGGGAACCUACGGAAUCGUGUACCGGGCCCGGGACACCCUGACAGAUGAAACCGUGGCGUUGAAGAAGGUGCGGAUGGACAACGAGAAGGAUGGAAUGCCCGUCAGCAGCCUGCGGGAGAUCACCCUGCUCCUGCAGCUCCAGCACCCCAACAUCGUGGAGCUGAAGGAGGUGGUUGUGGGGAACCACCUGGAGAGCAUUUUCCUGGUGAUGGGCUACUGCGAGCAGGACCUUGCCAGCCUUCUCGAGAACAUGCAGACGCCUUUUUCAGAGGCUCAGGUCAAGUGCAUCACCCUGCAAGUCCUCAAGGGGCUGCAGUACCUGCACGAGAACUACAUCAUCCACAGGGAUCUGAAGGUGUCUAACCUGCUCAUGACUGACAAAGGCUGUGUGAAGAUCGCCGAUUUUGGCCUGGCACGCACCUACGGGAUGCCGCCAAAGCCCAUGACCCCCAAAGUUGUCACACUCUGGUACCGAGCGCCCGAGCUGCUGCUGGGGAUGACGACCCAGACCACCAGCAUCGACAUGUGGGCUGUGGGCUGCAUCCUCGCCGAGCUGCUGGCCCACAAGCCGCUGCUGCCGGGCACCUCCGAGAUCCACCAGAUUGACCUGAUCGUGCAGCUCCUGGGGACGCCCAACGAGAACAUCUGGCCGGGUUUCUCCCGGCUGCCGCUGGUGAACCAGUACACGCUGCGCAAACAGCCCUACAACAACCUCAAGCACAAGUUCCCCUGGCUCUCGGAGGCCGGGCUGCGGCUGCUCCACUUCCUCUUCAUGUAUGACCCCAAGAAGCGAGCAACAGCAAAGGACAGCCUGGAGAGCUCCUACUUCAAGGAGAAGCCUCUGCCCUGCGAGCCAGAGCUCAUGCCCACCUUUCCCCACCACCGCAACAAGCGGGCAGCUGCUACCAGUGCGGGGACAGAGAGCCAGGCGAAGCGCACCAAGCCAUGAGCCUUGGCCCGUGGCGGGCACAGCGUGUGCCGGCCGGGAUGGCGUUCUGCUGCAGAACAGCACCGGCCCUGCCAGCUCCGCCUCGCCUGGGAUGGAUCCUGAACUCAAUUCCCCAGACUAGCUGGGGAAGCACUGGGAUCCCAUGUCCUCCAGCACAGGACCAGGCACAGGAGGGAGGAGAGACGGGGCUGGGGCCCCCCUGGGUGCUGGCGAGGCCAGCCCUGUCCCACGUGGACCCUGUGCUGGCUGCACGGUGUUACCCCGACUUUGCCAUCAAUAAAAGCACGUGCAGCAGUGA